AUGCACAACAAGAAUGGUAGGAACGGGGAGUGUCCACUAGAUGUCAGUAAUGUGACUACUGAGGCUGUAGCCACAGAGCACAGACUUCAUUACGACUCUUUGCAUAAACGCGAAAACCAACAAGGCCUCGAAAUGGUGAUCAUGUCGGGCACAGCCACAGUGCUGCAGCAGUUUGUCACUGGACUGAAGAGUCGAAGUGAGGACACCAGGGCCAAAUCUGCCAAAGACCUACAGCAUUAUGUGACCACGGAGCUCAGAGAGUUGAGCCAAGAUGAAGCCACAACCUUCUAUGAUGAGUUGAAUCAUCACAUCUUUGAGCUGGUCUCCAGCUCAGAUGUAAAUGAGAAGAAAGGAGGGAUUCUCGCUAUAGUAAGCCUAAUUGGAGUUGAGGGCGGCAAUGCCACCAGGAUCAGCCGCUUUGCCAACUACCUGCGUAACCUGCUGCCCUCUAGUGACCCAGUGGUGAUGGAGAUGGCCUCUAAAGCCAUGGGUCACUUGUCUAUGGCAGGGGACACCUUCACUGCAGAGUACGUUGAGUUUGAAGUGAAGAGGGCUCUUGAAUGGCUGGGAGCGGACAGGAAUGAGGGCAGGCGCCACGCGUCUGUGUUGGUGUUGAGAGAGCUGGCUGUGAGCGCUCCCACCUUCUUCUUUCAGCAAGUGCAACCGUUCUUUGACAACAUAUUCUAUGCGGUUUGGGACCAAAAACAGGCAAUCCGUGAAGGAGCGGUGUCUGCGCUCAGAGCCUCUCUCAUCCUCACUACUCAGAGGGAGACCAAGGAGAUGCAGAAACCACAGUGGUAUAAACAAACAUUUGAAGAGGCAGAAAAAGGUUUUGAUGAAACAUUAGCCAAAGAGAAAGGGAUGAAUCGUGACGACAGGGUCCAUGGCGCUCUGCUGAUUCUGAAUGAGCUUGUUCGCAUCAGCAGCAUGGAGGGAGAGCGUAUGCGGGAGGAGAUGGAAGAAAUCACCCAACAACAACUUGUUCAUGAUAAAUACUGCAAAGAGCUGAUGGGUUUUGGGACCAAGCCACGCCAUAUCACCCCGUUCACCAGUUUCCAGUCCGUGCAGCCGCAGCAGUCUAAUGCGCUGCUGGGUCUUCUGGGGUACAGCACUCCUCAGGGCUUUCUGAGCUUUGGAGCCACACCUGCCCCAGCCAAGAGCUCGCUGGUGGAGAGCCGAUACUGCAGAGAGCUCAUGGAGGAGAGAUUUGACGAGGUUUGCCGAUGGGUGCUAAAGUACAGGACCAGUAAAAAUCCACUGAUCCAGAUGACAAUUCUCAAUCUUCUCCCACGCUUAGCUGCUUUUCAGGCUCACAUUUUCACAGAUCAAUACUUGUCAGACACGAUGGGCUACCUUCUGGGCUGUCUUAAGAAGGAGAAGGAGAGGACAGCUGCUUUUCAGGCUCUGGGACUUCUGGUUGUGGCUGUGAGAGCAGACAUCCAACCAUAUUUGUCCAAGAUUCUAGAGAUCAUCAAGGCUGCUCUUCCUCCUAAAGAUUUUGCUCACAAGAGGCAGAAAACUAUGCAAGUAGAUGCAACAGUGUUUACUUGCAUAAGCAUGUUGUCCAGAGCCAUGGGACCUAGUAUACAACCGGAAAUCAAGGAGCUAUUAGAGCCCAUGCUUGCUGUAGGACUAAGCCCUGCCUUGACUUCAGUGUUGUACGACCUCAGCCGUCAAAUCCCUCAGCUCAAGAAGGACAUCCAGGAUGGUUUGUUGAAGAUGCUGUCGCUGGUGCUGAUGCACAAGCCUCUGCGUCACCCUGGCAUGCCCAAAGGCCUGGCACACCAGCUGGCCUCCCCAAGCCUCACCAACAUACCUGAAGCCAGUGAUGUGGGCAGCAUUACUCUUGCGCUGCGUACGCUUGGGAGCUUUGAAUUUGAAGGACACUCUUUGACACAGUUUGUUCGACAUUGUGCUGACCACUUCCUGAACAGUGAGCACAAGGAGGUCAGGAUGGAGGCUGCACGGACCUGCUCCCGCCUCCUCACCCCCUCCAUCCACCUCAUCAAUGGACACGUCGUCAGUCAAACCGCUGUGCAGGUGGUGGCAGAUGUGCUCAGUAAACUGCUGGUUGUUGGCAUUACAGACCCAGAUCCAGAUAUACGAUAUUGCGUCCUGGCAUCCCUCGAUGAGCGUUUUGAUGCACACCUUGCCCAGGCUGAAAACCUGCAAGCUCUGUUUGUGGCGCUGAAUGAUGAGGUGUUUGAGAUUAGAGAACUGGCCAUUUGCACAAUUGGACGCCUCAGCAGCAUGAAUCCUGCAUUUGUCAUGCCCUUUCUGCGCAAGAUGCUUAUACAGAUUUUGACUGAGUUGGAGCACAGCGGUGUGGGGAGAAACAAGGAGCAGAGUGCAAGAAUGCUUGGCCACCUGGUGUCAAAUGCUCCUCGGCUCAUACGCCCAUAUAUGGAGCCCAUCUUAAAGGCCCUUAUUUUGAAAUUGAAAGAUCCAGAUCCUAAUCCUGGUGUGGUCAUAAGUGUUCUUGCCACUAUUGGCGAGCUGGCACAGGUGAGUGGUCUCGAAAUGCGGAAGUGGAUGGAUGAGCUGUUCCCCAUCAUCAUGGACAUGCUCCAGGAUUCCUCCUCACUGGCCAAGAGACAGGUGGCACUGUGGACCCUGGGCCAACAGGUUGCCAGCACAGGUUAUGUGGUGGAGCCCUACCGCAAGUACCCUUCCCUUCUGGAGGUCCUGCUCAACUUCCUCAAAACUGAACAGAACCAGGGCAUCCGCAGAGAGGCCAUCCGUGUGCUGGGCCUCCUGGGUGCUCUGGAUCCCUACAAGCACAAGGUCAACAUUGGCAUGAUUGACCAGUCCCGAGAUGCCUCUGCCGUCAGCCUUUCAGAGUCCAAGUCCAGUCAGGAUUCUGCGGAUUACAGUACGAGUGAGAUGCUGGUGAACAUGGGAAACCUUCCCCUGGAUGAGUUCUACCCUGCGGUGGCUAUUGUAACUCUGAUGCGGAUCCUGAGGGACCCCUCCUUGUCCAACCACCACACAAUGGUGGUCCAGGCCGUCACCUUCAUAUUCAAGUCUCUGGGGCUCAAGUGUGUCCAGUUCCUGCCACAGGUCAUGCCCACUUUCCUCAACGUCAUCAGAGUGUGUGAUGCCAGCAUCAGAGAGUUCCUGUUCCAGCAGAUGGGCAUGGUGGUGUGCUUUGUCAAAAUCCACAUCCGACCUUACAUGGACGACAUCUUUACGCUAAUUAGAGAAUACUGGACCCCCAACAACCCCAUGCAGAACACCAUCAUCCUCCUGAUUGAGCAGAUAGUGGUGGCUCUUGGGGGGGAAUUCAAGCUCUACUUACCCCAGCUCAUCCCACACAUGCUCCGGGUCUUUAUGCACGACAACAGCACUGGACGGAGUGUAACUAUAAAGCUGCUCAAUGCCAUUCAACUGUUUGGAGCCAAUCUGGAUGACUACCUUCACCUGCUGCUACCUCCAAUUGUAAAGCUGUUUGAUGCUCCUGAUGUGCCCCUGCAGGCCCGAAAGGUUGCUUUGGAAACACUGGACCGACUAACUGACUCCUUGGACUUCACUGACUACGCUUCACGUAUUAUCCACCCAAUCGUCAGGGCGCUGGACACAACACCCGAUCUCCGAUCCACCUCCAUGGACACUCUGUCCAGUCUAGUGUUCCAGCUGGGAAAGAAGUACCAGAUCUUUAUCCCCAUGGUCAACAAAGUGAUGCUCAAGCACAGAAUCAACCACCAGCGCUACGACAUCCUGAUAUGUCGCAUUGUAAAGGGCUACACUCUGGCAGAAGAGGAAGAGGACCCUCUAAUCUUCCAGAAUCGCCAUCUCCGCAAUAACCAUGGCGAUGCUCUGGUCAGCGGGCCUGUGGAGGCGGGGCCGAUGAAGAAGCUUCACGUCAGCACCACAGCCCUGCAGAAGGCCUGGGGCGCAGCCAGAAAAGUGUCCAAGGACGACUGGCUGGAGUGGCUGCGUCGUUUGAGCGUCGUCCUGCUCAAAGAAUCCUCCUCUCCCGCUCUGCGCUCCUGCUGGUCACUGGCACAGACCUACAUACCCCUCGCUAGAGACCUGUUCAAUGCAGCGUUCUUGUCGUGUUGGUCGGAGCUGAGCGAGGACCAGCAGGAUGAGCUGAUCCGCAGCAUUGAGCUUGCACUAACAUCGCAGGACAUCGCAGAAGUCACCCAGACACUGCUCAACUUGGCCGAGUUCAUGGAGCAUAGUGACAAGGGGCCCUUGCCACUGCGAGAUGAUAAUGGAAUUGUGCUGCUGGGAGAGAGAGCUGCUAAGUGUCGUGCCUACGCCAAAGCUUUGCACUACAAAGAACUGGAGUUUCAGAAAGGACCAUCGCCUCUGAUCCUGGAGUCCCUCAUUAGGUAG